AUGGAGUCGGGAAUCUUCACGCGGCUUCCCUUCACUCGCACCUUAGUCAAACAAGGUCCUGGCACAAGUGCCUGUACGCAGUGCCGUGCGCUCUUCUUCCUCUCGCCUAUAGCGUGGGAGGAUUUGCAGGCACCAUGCGUCCUACGAUGUCCUGGAGGUACUUUUGCUCAUCCGCCGAGUCGCCGAUGUCGAAAGCCCCCUGCGGCACCUGUGAAGACAUUCUACCUCCAGUUCAAAUUCCGCAGCACCUUUCAGGACUUCGUGGGAGAUACGAUCAUUCAGGAGUCUGUGCUGAACACAACUGCCUUUGUUUUGGGCUUGGCGUUGUCCGACGUUCGAGGCUACAAGAUGGAAGCUGUGGAGGAAGAGUAUGGCAUAGUGGUUGGGAAUGGCCCUCCUUUACUGUCGGUGGAGGUUAUCUCGCCUUUUCUGUCGAAGGAUGAAGCCGACCAGAUCUCAAUGAACACUUGGUUCGGGGCAUUCGAGGUUCCCGUGGAUGAGGUCAAAAGCUUCACAUGGGAUCAAAUGCACCCUCCUUUGCCACCCUUGCCAGUGCCACCAUUCUUGCCCACCUGGGCGUGGGGCCUGGGAACGUCGGCAAGUGCAGCAAUUUUGCUGCUGUUGCCCGUCUACUGCUGCUAUUUCCGGAGGUUGGCUAACACAAGGCGCAAGUACAGACCAGCUGCUGGUGUUGAUCCUACCUUCAUGGAGCGAGUUGUCAAUGAGUCAGAUGCGCGACUUGUGCAGCGCUUCGUCGCACGGGACAGUGGCGCCCAGCUAAUGCGAGAAGCUGACUGA